AUUAGGUGGCGAAACACUUUUUGCCUCCCCGGGCCCUUUAUAUAGAGCAUUGGGCCAAUCGACACAGUAGCUAGAGAUUGGGGAAAGCGUUUGUCUAGGGUUACCGUUACUGCAAUUUUUCAUUCAGCAGCCAUGGCGGAGGUUCAUCCUCGUGCGGGGAAGCGAAAACUGGAAGAGGAGUGUCUAGCGACGGAAAUUCAUGGGGUAGAAAAGCCAUUUCAGUAUGUUAUUAAAACUUUCAUUGGUAAGGAUGGAGAAGAAUACUACGAUUCUGAUGAUGAUGAUUUUAGAUAUGCCGAUGGCGGCAGGGUAAGCGUCCGACAUCAGAAAGAGUAUUACAGGCAGAUCGGGGAGAGCGAGGGUUUUGAUAUCACUCUGGAUUUGGAAUUGGGUAAACGUAUUAUUACUUCUUUUAUGACACACCGGGGUCGGGGUAUGGAGGAGGACCCAUUAUUUCUUCAACUCUCCCACAAAGCCAUUGAACAUUUCAAUUCCGAGCAUAAUACAAAUUACAAAUUUGUGAAAAUCGUAACUGUGAACACGUCACCUGCUGCUGGUAUGUGGUGUUAUAUCACCUUUCUUGCCAAGGAUUCCAAUGCUUCAAUGACCUUUCAAGCUUUGGUAUGGUGGGGAAUAGAUGAAAAGAUAGAAGUCAGUUUUUGCAGGCUUAAGAAACAAGGUGAUAAAAAACCUCUUGAUUCUGAUGUUGAUGUUAAAGCUACGCAGUGAGCUUGCCAUUUCUUUAAGCAACCAGCGUUUGGUUUACUAGUUCAACAUGAAAAAGGUGUUGUUGGUAUUUGUCAAACACUCUUGCAGUCCAAUGAAUGGUUAUUUGUGCUUUUAACCAAGACAGGGAAAAAGUGUUUUGAUGUCUAUAUCUAUGUCUAUGUCCUAGUGUUCCGUGUUAUAUUGGAUAUUAGUAUUAAAACACUUUCGGUACCAUAUCACUUCCGUUCAAUGUUACGCUUCUAUUACUUGUUGAAAUGAAGAGAUUAUGUUAAUUGAAUAACUCUAUAAGUGUUGUCCUGUUGCAUCUUGCAAUGCUAGCUGUCGUAGUUUGAAUGGCCAUCUUAGGGUUUAGGGUUUAGGGUUUAUUUAAAUAUGAAGAACUGUAAUACAGUAUUAUCUAUUGCAUUGGCGAACUUUAGACUAA